CGAGAGAAGACCAGUAGCUAGUAGGAGAAGAAGAGUGAAACACACUCUAUAACCGUACCAGAUCACCAGAUCUAAUACACUCUCCUCUCCUCCUUUUCAGAUCUCUCUUUCGCAACUUGCAAAAGUCUAAGAUUGGGGAGAAUUGCGGAACGAGGGGAAUUUUGAUUGAAGAAAGUAAAAAUGGCGGGUGGUGCAGCUGGUGGUUUUGUUACACGGGCAUUUGAGUCGAUGCUGAAAGAAUGUUCGGGGAAAAAACAUCCAGAACUUCAGAAGGCUAUUCAGAAUUAUAUAGAUGGUACGAAAGAGGUCAAUCAGGUUCAGCCUUCCGCUUCCAGUGAGACAAACAAAGCUGCAUCGGUUGCUGGUGAUGAGAGUUCACUUGAAGAUGGAGCUGCAAAAUAUGAAACAGAGGAAAGCCAGUCACAAACAGUUCCUCACGAUGCCGAGGCUAUUCCAGUUGCUAAGCCAGUGAGCAUAAGUGCAACUAUUUCCACUGUCUUGGCAAGUGCUGGGAAUACUUUGGAGGGGUCUGUGGCAGAACUUGUGUUGAGUCCUCUUCGACUUGCAUUUGAGACAAAGAACUUGAAAAUCUUAGAAUCUGCUUUGGAUUGUCUUCAUGUAUGUAUUUGUCAUGUUUUUUAUUUUCAUGCUCUGAAUUUUAUAGGUUAGCAUUGUGUUUAAAAUUUUCCAUUUGGCUCUUGA